GGCUGCUGCUGCCAUAUAAUUAACCCCCACACCUCUCUCCACACACAAACCACCAACGCUUCUUGGCUCCUUCCUUCCUCUUUUGCCCACAGCCAAAACUACCCACAGCGCGCUUCUCCCCAGGCUGCCUCAGCCGACGCAACCAUGGCAAAGCUGCUAGCAGCGAUCCUCUUCCUGGCCGCGGCCCUCUUGGCGGCGCUCGCUCCUUCGUCGUCAUCGGCGGCGACGGCCAUGGGCAGCGGCGGCGGCGUGGCGGCGGCGGUGGUAUUGCGGCGGGGCGGGCGGACGUGCCGGGGCACGGUGGGGGAGUGCAUGGAGUUCUUCGGCGUGGACGGCGAGGGCGAGGAAGAGGUCGCGGCCAUGGCGGGGAAGCGGCGGGUGCUGCAGGACGGGUCCGGGUACAUCGGCUACGACGCGCUGAAGCGGGACAGCGUGCCGUGCUCCCAGCGCGGGGCGUCCUACUACAACUGCCAGCCCGGCGCCGAGGCCAACCCUUACUCCCGCGGCUGCAGCGCCAUCACCCAGUGCAGGGGCUAGCUAGUUCCUUCCGUCUCGAUCUUCUGAUAAUCACCCGCAAUGUAGUUCUACUGGUGCUGCAGUGUGUAAUUGCCAGAAUUAAGAUCAAUCGCUUCUGCAAGAUGUCUUGAUCGGUCGUGCUUGCUCUGGAGCGGUGAAUCGAUUUGAAGUGGUAAAUUAACCAACCGGUUUGUUGUGGAAUUUCUCUCUUUUUGGGUGAAAAGUAGCAAGGUUGGUUAAGGUUUGUGUAACUUUUGUUCUGCGUGCAUUUUGGUGUCUCUGACUUUGUGCAGACGUUUGAUUGAUGUUUGCCUCAGUUUUAAGUUUUAACUGCUGCACCAUUCCGGCCCAUGGCGUAAUCCCUUUGGUGAAGAAAUGUGGAGUACUAGUAUAAAUUUUUCCUUUUAUUGGUUGUGAUGUACUACGAAAUUCUGUGGGAUUGGCAUGCCGAUUCCUGGAGCCCUUUUCUGAAAAGAAACAUCAAUGUCUCUCGA